AUGUCAGAAGUGUAUCUCAAAGAACAAGAAUACGGGAAAGAUCGUGUUCGUUUAGCAAAGAUUGUUAAGACAGGAAAAUGGCAUGAAAUCAUAGAACUCACUGUCCGCGUGCUUUUGGACGGCGAAUUCGAACUUUCUUAUACAAAAGCUGAUAAUUCUAUGAUUGUCGCUACUGAUUCUAUGAAAAACACUAUUUAUAUUCUUGCAAAACAAUUAUCUUGUGUUGAAAAUAUUGAAAUUUUUGCUACAGAAAUUGGAAAACACUUUAUUACCACAUAUUCUCAUGUACAUAAAGCUACUAUUUCAAUUAUCAAGCAUAAGUGGACUAGAAUGUUGAUUGACGGUAAACUUCAUGACCAUUCCUUCCAUAGAGACGGUGAAGAUGUUCAUGAUACCAAAGUUGUCGUUUCAAAAAAAGGUGUUACCAUUGAAUCUGGAUUGAAAAAUUUGUUAGUAUUAAAAACUACAGGGUCUGCAUUCUAUGGAUUCCUGAGAGACAAAUAUACAACCCUUCCAGAGACAGAUGAUCGCAUCCUUUCAACUAGUGUUGACGCAACUUGGACUUUUAAUAUCCAAAACAUGGCUUCGAUUGAGAAAAUUCCCUUUAAUGAUAUUUAUGAAUCAAUUAAACAAAUUACUUUACACACAUUUGCCACGGAUAACAGUGCAUCUGUACAAGCUACAUUGUAUCUCAUGGCCAAAAGCGUGUUGGAAAAGCAUUCACAAAUCGAUUCUAUUAGAUAUGAAUUGCCAAAUAAACAUUAUUUUACUUAUGAUCUUGAAAGGUUCGGAUUAAAGAAUACCGGAAAAGAUUCUGAUAUCUUUGUACCUUUUAGUGAUCCAGCGG